AUGGGUGCCCAAUCGAGUGCUAAUAGUCGUGGCACCAUUGUUAAGAGGCUCCAAUCGAGUAGGGUCGAGCUGUUUAGGGGCAUUGUUGGGAUGACUCCCACUGUAGCUGAAUAUUGGCUAGAGGCUACAGAGAGGAUUCUUGAUGAUAUAGAAUGCACCCGAGAGCAGAAACUUAAAGGAAUUAUGUCGUUACUGCAUGAUGAGGCCUACCGUGCAAGGUACGUUGAGGCCAACAGGCUUGAGUUCAUUGAGCUAAGGGAGGGUAACAUGUCCGUGGCUGAUUACGAGGCAGAGUUCUUGAGGCUUAGGCGUUAUGCCCUGGGAAUGGUGGUAGAUGAACGAGAUAAGUGCACCCGAUUUAAGUUUGGGCUUAGAUCUGAUUUGAUAAUACGCAAGCACAGGGUCAAAAUUGUGCAUCGAAUCAGAGAGCUGGUCAGCAGUCAUAGCGAGCUUAGGGGCAAAAUAGAGGAGGUAAUGUGGGUUAGAGACAACAAGCAUCGAGUCAGGGUGCUGACUCAGUUGAUGCAAAAUAAUGGCUCUACCCAUUCGUAUAUAUCUUGUGUGAUGGCUAAAAAACUGGGUAUCCGGGUAGAGGAAAUUGUUAGUGAUGUGAUCAUACUUAGUCCAUUAGGACAAUCUGUGUAUAUAAAUAAGAUCUAUAAGCGAUGUCCAUUGCAAGUCCAAGGUGAGGUAUUUCCUACCGACCUUAUGGAACUACCCUUCGGAGAAUUUAAUCUCAUAUUGGGAAUGGACUGGUUGAAUAAGCAUCGAUUCAUCCUAGACUGUGACACUAAGCGAGUUACUUUAAGGACUUCUUCUAAGAAUGAGAUAAUUAUGGUUAGGGAGCGUCAAAAUUAUCUUACUAAUGUAAUUUUUGCCUUGGUAGCAGAGAAAUUGGUCAGUAAUAGGUGUGAUACCUAUCUCGCGUACAUCAUGGUCACAAAUGUAGAUAGUGCGGCAUUACAGAAUAUUCGUGUAGUGAAAGAGUUUCCCCACGUCUUUCCAGAGGAGCUAUCCAGUUUACCUCCUAAGCAUGAGGUCAAGUUUGGAAUUGAGCUACUGCUUAGGACAACACCAGUGUCCAUUGAACCCUAUCGAGUGGCACCUAGGGAGCUCAAGGAGCUUAAGGCACAGUUACAAAGUUGCUUGAUCACGGUUGCAUAA